AUGACCGCCCCGCUGGUGGGUGUGACCCCCAUCUUCGCCCUCAGCUUCUUCGGCUACGACAUGGGCUGCAAGAUGCAGACCCCGGCCGGCCCGAACGGCUCGCUCUCCCUGCUGCAGUACGGCAUUGGUGGUGCGGUGUCCGGUGUCUUCUCCACCGCCAUCAUGGGCCCCGGCGAGCGCAUCAAGUGCCUGCUCCAGGAGGCGGCGGCGGGGGCACGCGUGCGGGGCACCGGGUGA